AUGGGGAAAGUACUUGGUUGCUGUUUGGUUUUCAUAUGCCUUGUGAUUCCCUUAGCAGUUGCAGAUUGGAACAUUUUGAAGCAGAAGACACAUGAUGGGUUGAAGAUCAGCUUGAAGAACUAUUGUGAAAGUUGGAGAAUGAAUGUGGAGCUGCACAACAUUAGAGACUUUGAAGUUGUGCCUGAAGAAUGCAUUGAAUACAUUGGAAAAUAUGUUAAGUCCACACAGUACAAAGUGGACUCACAAAGGGCAACAGAAGAAUGCUUGGUUUAUCUUAGCACCAGCUGCAAUUUGAAGAAAGAUGGAAGAGAUGCUUGGAUUUUUGACAUUGAUGAUACCCUGCUUUCGACAGUUCCUUACUUCAAGAAUAAUCUAUAUGGGGGAAAGAAAUUAAAUGUGACAUCUUUAGAGGAAUGGAUGAGAAAAGGUAAAGCAACUGCUCUUGAUCACUCAUUGAAGCUCUUCAAUGAACUUAAGUCUAGAGGUGUUCAAAUCUUUUUGGUCACUGCAAGAAAGGAGCAUCUCAGAUCAGCCACAAUUGACAAUCUUGUCAAGGUUGGUUAUUAUGGAUGGACUAGAAUUUUCUUCAGAGAUCCUGCUGAUGAAUUGGUAUCAGUGGAAAAGUAUAAGGCUGAUGUGAGAAAACAAUUAAUGAAUGAUGGAUAUCGCAUUUGGGGCAUUGUUGGGAACCAAUACAGCAGCAUUGAGGGGAGUCCAAGCCCCAAAAGAGCAUUUAAACUCCCAAAUCCAAUGUACUAUGUUGCCUAA